AUGCUCAAAGCAGAGCAACAAAAAGGAAAAGGCAUUGAUUUGGAAGACAUCAGAUUUCAUCAGUGUGUACGUUUAGCCCGCUUUGAAACUGAUCGCACAAUAUCAUUUAUUCCUCCUGAUGGAUCAUUUGAUCUCAUGACAUAUAGACUCAGUACUCAGGUGAAACCACUGAUUUGGGUUGAGGCUCAAGUUGAAAGGCAUGCUAGAAGUAGGAUUGAGAUGCUUGUAAAAGCUAGAAGCCAAUUUAGGGAACGAAGCAAUGCAACAAAUGUCCAAAUUGAAAUACCUGUUCCAUCCGAUGCUACAAAACCUAUUGUUCGGACAUCAAUGGGGUCCGCUUCAUAUGCUCCUGAACAAGAUUCACUUAUAUGGAGAAUCAGAACCUUCCCAGGUGACAAGGAAUAUAUGUUGGGGGCCGAAUUUAAACUCCCGAGUGUAACUUACGAAGAUGUAACUCCUGACAGAAAAGCUCCUAUUCGUGUCAAGUUUGAAAUACCAUAUUUUACCAUAUCUGGGAUUCAGGUACGUCACCUAAAAGUUAUUGAAAAAAGUGCAUACCAGACGUUACCAUGGGUGCGAUAUAUAACAAUGGCCGGUGAAUAUGAAAUAAGACUACAUUGAAAACCCAAAUUAAGAGUUGUUGCAUCCAACUUUCACCUUGUGUUAAACUCAAACAGUCAAAUUCGAGGUUCGUAAGUGGGCCAAUUUUUAUAUGUGCAAUUGCAAUGAGUCCCAACUCUUACUUUCUUCUUAUACUCCGAUGUA